AUGCCCUCCUCCAGGAAACCUUUCCUCGGCCUACGUGGCAACGCUCUAUCAUGGGCAGUCACAUGUGUGUCGGGCAGCGCCUUCCUGCUUUUCGGCUACGACCAAGGCCUGAUGGGCAGUAUCAUCUCAACGCCGUAUUUCCUCAACGCCAUCGAUAUCAAGUUGACCGAUGCUGAGACCAUCUCCACAAUUGUUUCGAUCUACGACAUCGGCUGCAUGAUAGGAUGUCUCAUCGCGGCCGUUCUCGGUGUCAGACUUGGCCGCAAGCAAAUGAUCACCAUCGGCCUCAGCAUCAUGGUUGUUGGCGCUAUCAUCCAGGCCUCCUCCUUCAGUGUUGCCCAGCUCUGCGUUGGUCGCAUCAUUGCUGGAUUCGGCAAUGGGAUGAACACUGGCAACGUCCCAACCUGGGUCUCCGAGCUUUCGAAAGCAGGCAGUCGAGGAAAAAUGGUGGCAACACAACUCUGUAUCGCCGCCUUCGGUAUCGUCAUUGCCUACUGGAUGAAUUACGGCUUCUUCCACCUGACGGGUCAGAUUGUGUGGCGAUUUCCUGUUGCUUUCCAAGCCUCCUUCGCGCUCGUUGCCCUCGCAUUCCUGCCCUUCCUGCCCGAAAGCCCUCGCUUCCUGCUCGCCAAAGAGCGCUAUGAGGAAGCUGAUGAGGUUCUCGCGGCCCUCGCCGAUGCACCAAUCAACGAUGCUGGAGUGCAAGCCGACAAAGCCGCCAUCUUGACCACCAUCGCACAUGAGGAUGCUAAAGGCCAAUUCAGCUUCCUGUCCAUCAUCUACGACAAGUCCGGACAGAAGAUUAACAUUCGCAUCCUGCUGGCCAUGUCCAUUCAGAUGCUCCAGGAGAUGCCGGGCAUUAACAUGGUGUUCUACUACUCCUCCGUGCUCUUCAUCGGCCUUGGAAUCGCCGAUCAGACGGCCUUGGUGCUCGGAGGCGUGACUUCUGUCUCUUUCUGGCUUGGAUCUGUUCUCGGCAUCUUCCUAGUCGACAAGAUCGGCCGCAAGAAGCUAUUGUACUCCGGAUCGAUCACCAUGCUUAUCGGCUACUGCGUGUAUGCCCCAAUGAUCUCACAUGGAGGGGAUACGCAGCUUUGGGUGGCGUUUGGCGCAACUUGCUUGGUCGUUGCUGCGUGCGGCUGGAGCUGGCUUUCAGUGCCUUGGAUAUACGGAGCAGAACUCCUCCCCGUCCGAUAUCGACACAUUGGCGGUGCUCUCAAUGCCUUCACGAAUUGGACCUUCACCUUCGUCAUCGUGAAGACUGGUCCAAUCGGACUUGCCAACAUCGGCUGGAAGCUGUACAUCGUGUACAUUGUUUUCACGUUCCUGGCACUCCCUGCAGUGUACUUCUUCUAUCCGGAAACCUCAGGCCUCACCUUGGAGCAGAUUGACGGACUCUUCAUCAAAGACCGAGCCCACGAAGUCGACGAGAUCGAAAGAGAGAGAGCAGCCAAGCAUGGAGACGAGAAAGGCAGCAUUAUGGCGGAAGCGACGCAGCUCGCAUGA